AUGAAAACCAUAGUAUCAACACAAAAAGUAUUAAUUCCUGAAGGAGUCAAGGUAGCCAUAAAUUCAAGAAAGGUGACCGUAUCUGGUAAGUACGGAACGUUAAGAAGGAGCUUCAGGCAUUUACCAAUAGAUAUUAGAUUAAACAAAUUAAAGAAAUAUAUUAAGAUAGUUAUGUGGUUUGGUGUUCCUGAUAGUUUAGCUUGUAUUCGUACUGUUUGUACACAUUUAAAGAAUAUGUUUACAGGAGUUACUAAAAAGUUUUUAUAUAAAAUGAGAUUAGUACAUGCUCACUUUCCUAUUAAUUCUAAUAUUGUAGAUAAUAAUACAAGAAUCGAAAUUAGAAACUAUUUAGGAGAAAAAAGUGUUAGAUUUGUUAAAGCUUUACCAGGAGUUGUAAUUGAAAAAUCACCAAGUGUAAAAGAUGAAAUUUAUGUUAGUGGUGCUGAUAUUGAAAAUGUAUCCUUAACAGCUGCAUUAAUACAUCAAUCUGUUUUGUGUAGAAAUAAAGAUAUAAGAAAAUUUCUUGAUGGUAUCUAUGUAUCAGAAGUUACAACAGUAGAGAAAGACGAAUAA